AUGGAGUUUUUCGACGACCCAGGCGCCCAACUCCUCGCCACUAAGCCCUCCAACGAUACCAAACUGCUGCUGAACUACCACGUCGCGUCCAACCCAGAAGUUUGGGACUCUUCCCAUUCUUUCCCACCCAUGUUUGGCACAGGCCUCAAGGGCGCUAGACUCAUGAACGCCGGCUUCUUCAUCCUCGCGUCUUCGCUCCCCGCAUUCGAAUACUACAAAUCGAUGCUCGACGCGCCCUACUCUUUCGAUCCCAAAUAUCUGGAACGAGAAUAUCAAGACGAAGCAAUAGUUGCUGACGAGACGGUGAGAGAUGAAAGAGUGGUAUGA